AUGAUUAGGAGCUCAUAUGCAUUUAUUAACCUCUUGAAGGCAACUGUGGGAGUGGGUGUGUUUGCCAUACCGAUGGCUUUGAAACAGGCUGGAUUUUGGACAGGCCUUAUACUGUCUGUUGGCAUUGGUAUUAUCAACGCUCAUGGAAUGAUGAAAAUCGUAAGCUGCUCGCAGUAUUUGUGUAGAAGAAAGCAGACUUCAAACAUCAGAGCCAACAGAAAUGGGGCCACGAUAAGACCAGUGUGCUUGGACGCUCAAUAUAGAAAAGCGGUUACUGAUGAAGAGCAACCGCAAAGUAAUGAUAAUAUUUCUGAGGGGAGCGCUGAUGAGAAGCAAUCGCGAGUAUACUCAAUUGAAGCCGAAAGCGAGAAAGAUAUGGUCGAGAGUGCUGCUGAG